GUUUUGCUAGUGAAGAUGUGAUUUCUCAUUGAAAAUUCCAUUUAUACAAAAUCAAAAUGCUCAGCCAUUUAAAUUAUUUAGUUACUCUUAUGUCAAAUCGAGUCAUAAUCGUACCACAACUUGAAUUGACAAUCAACACUCUCUUAGACGCAGCCGGAGACAAAGAUGAAAGUGUGCGAGACUCUGUGUCUUCGUCACUACGCAGACUCGCCAAGAAGUACGCAGUUCACGUACUUCAAAGUGCAGUCGCCUACCGUCAGAAGAACCCAAAGCUGAACUCCGUUCACUUGGCCACCAUCUUGACAACUAUGGAGCGGAUUUGUGACGAACAGACUGACGAUAUUGACGAGCUAACGGUGAAACAGCUGGUGACUUAUUGUGUAGACGAGAUGACCAAAUGUUCUGAGUAUCUUCCCAACAUACAGUUCCCCGUGUCCAACAUGCUAGUGUCCUUGGGACAGAAGCAUUGUUCCGAUGUUAUUUCAGGGCUGAUUCAAAAGCUAGAGGCCAACACUGUGCCACACUACACAGUAAUGCACACGAUGGCCAACCUCGCCUCAGCAAAUAUCCCUGAGUUUGUGCCCUUCAUCAAGUCAGUCCUUGACCUCAUGCUCCCACUGCUGCCAACCAUCCGCAACGACCCCAUCAGACAAGUCUUCUCUUUUGCUCUUGGAAGGUUCAGUGAGGCAGUGUUAGAGUACUUGAGCACUGAGAAACUUAAAGAGGAUGGACAAUUAGGAGACAUAGUUCCAAGUGUCACAAGAGAAGCAUUCACUGACGGGAUCACUGCGGCCUAUGAGAUACUGCUGACAUCAUGGUUACAGGCCAAAGAGUCUAAGAUCACAGAGAAUGUGAUUAUUGCUGUCGGACCGAUGUUUCCCCUGGUGUGUGAAGACAAACAACCGGAGUACGCGACCAAGACAAUAACAGUGUUGUUGAACAUGUACAAACGGAGUCAAUCUAGCAACCACUUCCCUAUCACUCAGUGUUUGGCUUCUAUCUUACAAGCUGCUCCUUCUCAAGCUAUAGAACCUCUCUACGAUCAGCUGAUAUCAGUGCUCGGACAUAUGGUUGUUGUUAGUCCAGACUACACAAAUCCACAAACAGUGAAAAAUCACAGUGAAGUCCUCAGGUGCUACGACAAGUUAGGUGGUCAUUUCCCUCAGCGUACAGCUGAUUUGCUAGUUCGGCAGCUCAGUUCCGGCUCAGAAAAAGAGAGGGUAGAGGCGUUGAUUGUUGCGGCUCAUCUUUUGUCGGGCUCGGAGAACGUGUUACAACCGAGAGUGCAAGAUAUAACUGCUGCACUUAGACUGCUACUAACUUGCAACUCUGUCAGGAUCAAGAAAGCACUUUUGAAGACUAUAGUGUCUCUAGCAUGCCGUGGAAAUGCUGAAGAUGGCUCAGACUUUGUAGAAUUCCUCGUGAGACAUUGCUGCCCAAAUCCCAACUUCUCUGGGCCAGAAUGGGAGGAGCUACGUGCCAUGUGUUCCAGUACAGUGUAUUUGCUGAGCACCACAGUGGCUGAGGUAGAGUCACUGCUGUGGUCUGUGCUGCUGAGGCUAUUGCUGAUACCAGAGUAUGACCCUGCAUGUGCCACUAUGGCACGCUCUCUGGCACAUUUGGCUGUCAAGCGAAACAAUCAGAUGGUUACAAAGAACGGUGGUGGCAUCCCCUCCCCCCCUGCGGUGUUCGCUCGGUGCCUCGCUCUACUUGGGAGUCCUCUCAACAACAACCGAGGGCCGUAUUUGCUCAAUUUUCUCCAGCACUACUGUCCCCACCUACAACCCUCUUUAGCCAAGAUAUGGGACCACAAGAUUCCACAACUUGUUAACUACCUUGAAGUUUCAGAAUGGUCGGAGUCGGAAUGGGAGGCUCUAGUGUUGGAGUUUGUGUCUUCAUCACUACAGACUGUAGUGGCGGCCGAGGAGUCUGAGGAUUGGGUGAUCCUAGUCGCAGGCCAACUGAGCGCACAGAUACCUCUGUACCCUCCAAGUGCCACAGACGAGCGUGCCAUGCUGCUCAAGUGUCUUGCGCUCGCUGCGUGUAACCUGUCAGACAGGCAGAUAGUCAGCUCUCACUUGGAUGUUAUGUUGGCUCCCCUCAGAAACUACAGUCCGCACGACAGUAAGGCUUGUGCUCGAGGCGUAGGGCUACUGUCUCGAGUACAUCUCAGCUUGGUCCUCUCUAGGCUGGACUCUGUCUCACAAAGCGAGCUCAACCGACGAUCGUCUCGCCUCCUCGGACUAAUGAAAGACACCCGUGCAGAUCUAGAGGUGGAGCGAGCACGCAUCACGCUGCUGCGAUGUUACGCAGAGGUAGCGAAUCAGGCUCCUCCUUCAGCUCUACUGCCUUGCCUGGAGGACGGCCUCAUGAACUGGCUCAUCAGUCAGCUUAACUUGACCAAGGACCCAGCUGCUCGAGAGGCCACUCUACACACGAUCGCGAACAUUGCAGACACACUAGACCGUCACCGAGACACGUACUCGGAGAACCUCAAGUCCCGGGAUCUCCUACUCAACACUCUACUCUCAUUGAUCAACAGCUCUUCCCCCGACCCACUGUUGCUGAAGGUCACAGCCGCUGUGGUUAAGCUACCACCAGAAAUAACGACAGAGUUCAGGUCAAAGCUUCUUUGCUCCUGUUUUGACCGGGUCUUUGCUGCAGAAAACGGUGAGAAUAAUGCAGAAGAAAAGCCUCCAGACUGCAAUCCAAUCAUUAAGAAUUUGGGUCUCCUGGUUGAAGAGCUGCUCAUAGACGACAUUUCUCCGGCCACUUUAGACGACAUAUCUACCAUGCUGGAGCCUUGGUUGAUCCAACGCAACGUACAACAACGAUCUGCGGCCGUCUACAUUCUCAGGAUAACCCUGCAGGCCUAUUACCACCACAUGACAUUCGGAUAUGAAAACCCCAGUAAGUUCAACCAGGCGGGUGUGCUGAUGGGGCGCGCAGUACUGCGUUGUCUGGACGAGGACACACAAGUGCAGGCGUGUGCAAGAGAAUGUGCUCGUCUAAUACUCCUCAUCUCCGCCAAGUACGAGGGCCAAAGCAUCAGUGACUCAGAACUUGAAGCUGCUUUUGCAAGCAUGAACACAAACAGUGCCUCCGUCAAUGAACAGCUGGCCAAGGUUGUUGCUGGCAAGCUGCCCCAUUACCAGUUGAACCACUUCGCAGAUACAGUACUACAAGGACUAUCUGACCUAGAGCCAGCCAAUGUUGAAGCUGUUUGCGACAUUCUCGUGCAUUUCUUCCAGGCUAAGGGUGGCGAACUGUACCACCACAUCAAUGACAUAUUAGCUCUGCUACUCACACGACUGGCUGCCCUCAACCCCACUAGUCGUACAGGGGCUGUCCGCACACUUCUACCGCUCGCCAAACACCACCCUAAAGCCAUGGUCAACACACUGCUGGCUCAGCCCCUACCUUGGCAUCUGAGUGUGUGUGACAGUUGGAAGGCCCUGGCGGCAGACCAGUCCAUGGCUGCUGACAUUACAGAUCAAUUCCUGCGUCUCAUCAACACCUCAGCCUUGCUCAACGAGGACGCAGCCACGACUGGCGACCGGCCUAGAGUCGCUGCUCUGUUACCUUUUGCUGCUAUCUCAGCCUUCAAAGAGAUGUUCCUGGUGGCCUCCAUGUACGACCUAGCCUCUGCCCACUUUGCUGACCUGUUUGCCUUGCUGCUUACUGUGGUCGCUGCCUACGUUGGAGUCACUCCUCCCAUCUAUGCCCCUGGGACAAACAAGACCAUGUUCAUACCAAACAGAGAAGCUUACAAGAUCAACCCAGCUAAAGUGGCGCAGGAUUGUUUCAAGAAUUUCCUGCUGUGUGCCAGAUGUGAUGCGGCCGCCGAGGCUGUGUUGGAAUGUUCACAGAUAGAUCUGGGCAGCAACAACAUAGACUACUUCCUGGCCAUGAUACCAGCUCUCGCCAGGGCAGUGUGUGAGAGCUGGGGACAUUUGCUGCCCAAGAUACUGACAGCUCUGGGUCAAUACAAUGACAGCACAUUAGAGGCUCAGAGGGCUGCCGUAACUGCCUUCAAUGUUGAGUGUAUACAGCUGCAGUGUGCAGGACAAACUGUACUGAUAGACAGUGUACUCAGUAACCUACUGGCCUCCCUGACUGAUCCCUCGGCUCUAGUGAGGAGACUCAGCCUCAAGGGUCUUGCUAACAUCUCUUAUCUGGAUGUAUCCCCUUGUAUACAGCUGCAGUGUGCAGGACAAACUGUACUGAUAGACAGUGUACUCAGUAACCUGCUGGCCUCCCUGACUGAUCCCUCGGCUCUAUGUAUACAGCUGCAGUGUGCAGGACAAACUGUACUGAUAGACAGUGUACUCAGUAACCUGCUGGCCUCCCUGACUGAUCCCUCGGCUCUAGUGAGGAGACUCAGCCUCAAGGGUCUUGCUAACAUCUCUUAUCUGGAUGUAUCCCCUUGUAUACAGCUGCAGUGUGCAGGACAAACUGUACUGAUAGACAGUGUACUCAGUAACCUACUGGCCUCCCUGACUGAUCCCUCGGCUCUAGUGAGGAGACUCAGCCUCAAGGGUCUUGCUAACAUCUCUUAUCUGGAUGUAUCCCCUUGUAUACAGCUGCAGUGUGCAGGACAAUCUGUACUGAUAGACAGUGUACUCAGUAACCUGCUGGCCUCCCUGACUGAUCCCUCGGCUCUAGUGAGGAGACUCAGCCUCAAGGGUCUUGCUAACAUCUCUUAUCUGGAUGUAUCCCCUUGUAUACAGCUGCAGUGUGCAGGACAAUCUGUACUGAUAGACAGUGUACUCAGUAACCUACUGGCCUCCCUGACUGAUCCCUCGGCUCUAGUGAGGAGACUCAGCCUCAAGGGUCUUGCUAACAUCUCUUAUCUGGAUGUAUCCCCUUGUAUACAGCUGCAGUGUGCAGGACAAACUGUACUGAUAGACAGUGUACUCAGUAACCUGCUGGCCUCCCUGACUGAUCCCUCGGCUCUAGUGAGGAGACUCAGCCUCAAGGGUCUUGCUAACAUCUCUUAUCUGGAUGUAUCCCCUUGUAUACAGCUGCAGUGUGCAGGACAAACUGUACUGAUAGACAGUGUACUCAGUAACCUACUGGCCUCCCUGACUGAUCCCUCGGCUCUAGUGAGGAGACUCAGCCUCAAGGGUCUUGCUAACAUCUCUUAUCUGGAUGAGCAACAACUUGCAUAUUGGAACCAUUGUGUUGUGAGAGAGCGCCACUGCGAGAGUAUCUUGGAGGCUUUAAUCCAAGGCCUGGACGAUCACGACGCAGAGUGUCAUGGAGACGUUGCUCUGCAGGCGAUGGUCGGACUCUCGCAGGUGCUACCUACAAUACAGCAGGCGCACGUACGAGACAUACAGGUGGCGGUGGCGCUGCGAGUCAAACCGUUCUUUGAGAAGGAGAACAUAGAGCUGCGAACGAUGUCGCUGAGGCUGCUGGGAGAACUGGCCGUUUCUGGGGGUUCUGCUCUUCCGGGCUUCCAAGAGCAAGUCAAGGCGUGUUUGGUUUGUCUGCUCAUGCAUCUGUGUGACUCUGAGCCGUCUGUAGUUAAGGCGUGCAAGUUCAGUCUACGAGCUGUCAGCAACAUUUUGGAGGCUGAGAAGACAAAGGCAAUGAUGAACCAGCAUCUGAUUGAUGAUGCUACUCUAUACUACCAAGAUUUUUUCUUGGGGCUGGCUAAACUACUGGUUGAAGAAAUGACUGACCAAAUACCAGUGAUGAUCACCACAGCUCUAAGUUAUGGUAAAAGUUCCUGGCCUUCCAUUAGAGCUGGCUCUGCAUUGUUUAUUGGAGCCCUAUACAGCAACUCUCCCAGCUACGUGCGUGAACGUGUCGCUCUGGAGACAAUAACUAUGAGGCUACUUCAGCAAGUAAAGGAUCCCGAGAGAGAAGUACGCAGCUCAGCAGCUUACGCCUUCUCACUGCUGUUCACCUCUCCCUCGUAAACUACCACCUCUCCGUAACUGUAGAAGUAGAUGGAUUUACAAGAUUCAUACAAUGAAUACCCAACUGUCAAACAGUGUUGGAUUCUUCUUUCUACUUUGAACGCCUUGUGUAAAACACAAUGCAGUUGUAAAAAGUUCUUUUGAGUGUCACUAUUGGUAAAUUGUGAAUAGUGUACACCUAGAAGGGGUUGAGUUCAGCUAGCUUAUCUGAGAAAAGUAAGAGUCCAAGGGCUAAAAGUUACACAAAAACAUGUUGCAAAACAUAAAACUUAUGUUAUGUCCUAACCGGGUAGAUUGAAGAUAUAUUUAUUCUCUCUUUUCUUAUUCAAUCUAAUUACCGAAGAAGCCUAAUUUAGAUGAAAUAUCAGUGUUAUGUUCUGUAACCUUUUAUGUGAAUCUAUUUCCCCCUGGACUCUUUAAAUUUUCUCAGAUUUUUUUCUCAGAUGUUAUCUCUUUAAAGAUCUGCUUCCUUAAAAUUUUUUUGGUUUCCCGCAUUCAUCUACUUCUACGAAACUAAGCCAUGUGAUAAAUCAACCUAGUCAUAAAUCAUAUUUUUGUAAUUUCCAAACUGAAAAUAACAACCAUAUAUGGUAAUUUGAUGAACUUAUAUUAUAAAGAUUAGUUAAGCAAAAACAUAGGCCUAUAUUUCAACACGUUCCCUGUGUUACGAGAUCUCGAGGUCUCGAAUCGUACCUACCUCUUAGUGCGGGACCCAUAAUUUUACUUUUUCCCUUAAUUUAUGACAUUGAUAUUUCAGCGUAUAGUUAUCGUAAAGAAAUGAAACUUGUACAUAAGUAAUGCAUUUUUAUUGAUGAAACAGCUAGUAAACAAGAAAUUAACGAGAUGAAUAGAUAUCUAAAAGAGAUAAUGCACUGAAGUUAUAAAUUUUUCCUUUAUUACCAUACGAGACCUCUGGAUGUCGUAUCAAAAAUAGUUGUUUCAAGCACCACAGGAGGCUAAUGGCGUGAUUAGUAACCAUGGCAACUUGUUAAAUGUGAAUGAAAUGAAACCCAAGAAAGAAUGGAAGAACUAUGAGAAAGAAUAAUGAUGUAUGUUCUUAUCUUUAUGAGUUAUCUAAUGUUUUAUACAUUUACAAGAUAAUUAAUAGUUUUCAACUACGGGAACAGUAAUUUAUAAUUAACAACGUGCUUUUCUUCUGAAACAGCACUACUGGAUGCGUUAAUUAAGGUCAAUAACCUAAAAUACCGUCAUUGCGCAAUGUUGGAUUUUGGUAUAAAAAUGCAAAUCAUAGCAUUAAUUUGAAUUGGAACAUUCCUCUAGUCCCUAGCAUUUCAUAUAAAAUCAAUGCUUGGUUAACUCAAAUUAUAUUUUUAAUGAUUCAAAGUUUCUACGCGGAAAAAGACAAUCAAAAGUCAAACCGGGCAAGGAAUUUAAAAAAAAACAACUUUGUAUCAUUGUCCUGCGAUUGGAUUCCCCCUAGCAAGUCUAAAUAUAGCUCGCGCCCACCCCUGCCAUACUCGUUCCACUGUGGCUCGUGCUCAUUUCGAGGUCAUUGCCAAACCCAAAAAUUAUAACAAAAUUAAUAAUUUGUAAACAUAUUUUUUUCAUUUUUAUUUUAUUUAGCCUGAAAUCAGCCAUAAGGAAACGUAUCAUUAUGAAAAGUGAUAAUAGAAAGAUAAAAUAUCCAUUUUUUACGGUUAUGAUUAUUAGGAAAUUGUAAAUAAUUAGAAAUCACAUAUUUUUAUAAUGUUUCAUUGUAUGAGAGAAAUUAAUACAAAUAAAUAAUUAACGUAUAGCUGUGAGAUCCCAGGGUCUUGUACAAUCUUGUCAUAUUCAGUUCCUGGGCUGGCUGAAGGUUGUCAACAUUGUACGGUACCGGUUCAAAUAAACAAACACAGAGCGCUCUCUUUUCUUUGUGAGGUUAUGAUGUACAAAUGAUUUCUGCGCAACGUAAUCUCGGGGUCUCGUAUCGCACUUGGGUAGGCAUAAUUAUAGCGGACGAGACCUAUAGAUCUCGUAACGCACCAUUGGAAUAAUGCAUGAAAAUAUACAACACAGCAAACGUGUUAAAACAGAAUUGACAUAUUUAAAAACUUUUUUUUAUUAAGUUAAAACUUACUGCCUCAUUUAAAAUGUAUAUUAAAUUAUUGAAAUCAUUUGCCCAGCAAUGUGUAACAGGUAAUCCAUUUUUAGGAACUAGUAUUUUGUCAAAUUAGUAUCAAUUUAAUUUGUUUAUAAUUUCAUUAUAUUGUAAUUUGUGUGCUGUUUGUCUUAUUUAUUUGUUGCAAUUAUCACAGAUAAUUUUAUAUGACUUAGUUUUGAAUAAUUUUAUAUUUUUCAAACAAUUUUUAUUUCAUGUAGUUUAUUGAAUAAAUAUUUUUAGUACCCAAAAUAUUAAUAGAACGUCUAUUCAAGAAUUUAUUGUUAGUUUUAGCUUCUAUUUCACACAAUAAUUUACCAUUUAUGGUAUUGUAAAGAAAAUCAAAAUGUUAUCUCUAAUAUUCAAGCUUAAUAUAAUGAAAUUUGAUUUGCUUUUCAUCAAAAUAGUCAAUGAAACAUAUAAAUUUGUGUCAUAGUCAGACAAAUAGGUUUAGAAUAAAAUACUGAACCAAACAAAUAUAACUAGGGCAUAAAGUGACUCUUUUUUUUACUUGAACCCAAGUUUUGGAAACUGAGGGUGGGUUGAAUAGUCACUUUUUGCCUGAAGGCUUUUUUCUCCCUAGUGAGCAUUUAGACCUGCAAUGCAUUUUGCUGCAGUAUGACAAAAAUGAUAAAAAAAUUUCAAAUUAUUGGAAAUUAGGAAUUUAUAACCCAAUUAAAUAUAUUUUAUUGAAAAUCUACUGUCAUUCCAUUUUUAUAAUAAAGUCAUUAUAGGUUGUUGUCGUAUAUUUUAAUAAUAAAUAGCCUAUGUUGUGAUAACUUGUUUGUAUAUUAUUGCUUUCAAAAUUUAUUAUUAUUUGCCAUUUAGAUUACUGUCAAAGAGUUAUAGUUUUAUCAAACGUAAAAUAUUUACCUUGAUAUCAUUAUAAACUUGCAUCGAUGAGGACAUUUUUUUGAAAGUGUAUUUUGCUCAAAGUAUGUAUGUGUGUAGCUUGUAUGGGAAUGUUCAAUAACUAUGAAAAUAUGAACUGUGAUAAGAUAUAUUUCAUUACUACUUAAAUCCUUAAUAAUUGUGAAAUAUUCUAAUUUGAGUCUAAAAGAAAAUAUUUUAUGCAUUUGUAUAUAGGCUUAGUGAAUAAUUUUAUUUUUGAUUAGAAAGCUUGUAAAAUUUAAGAGUGUAAAUAAAUGGUUCUCAGAAUUUUA